AACGGCUACACAUCCUAAAGCUAGCUUUAUCCUCGUCGAGGAAAAGUGACAGCGGGACUCUGCAUCCGUGCACACCGCAUCAGUUCCUCCUCUUCGGGACUUACCUGGAAGCUGGAUAAAGCUGCAGCGAUCACAUUGUAGCUUUCAGUAGCCACUAUAGUUCUGGUGAAUAUAUAAAUUCCCCUCUGCCGUCGAUAAAAUAAUCCGGAAACUUUCAACUCAACUGCGGAAGAAAAUGAACGAGAGCGAACUGAACCUUUUUGAUUUUGAGCGACGUUUCGAUGAAACUCGAGCUCUGGAAUGGAUGCAAGAAAACUGGAGCAAGUCAUUCAUAUUUUGUGGCCUGUACGCUGCGCUCGUGUUCGGAGGCCGACACUUCAUGAGGGAAAGGCCGAAGCUGAACCUGCGCCGACCUUUGGCAUUGUGGUCGCUGAGCCUCGCCAUUUUCAGUAUUAUCGGAGCGGUCAGGACUGGAAAAUACAUGAUGCACAUUAUCACUAAGAGCGGCUUCAAACAGUCCGUGUGUGACAAUAGUUUCUACAACGCACCCAUCACCAAGUUCUGGUCCUACGCCUUUGCUAUUAGCAAGGCCCCUGAGCUCGGUAAGAUUCCCUCUGUUUAUUUUCAAAUGUUUUGUUUGAAGCUGGAUUAUAUUCUUGUUUUCAUAUUUUUAAUGCCCUGCAUUGUACCAGUCAGUCAAUUUGAGGUUSCGCAACAUAAUGGUAUGAACCAGUUCCAAAAUGAAAAUAUCAACAUUUAUUCAGGAGUUCAGAGGGUAGUAGAGACCUANUACUAUGCGGCCCGGGCAGCUGGACUGCGGGUGCCCCGGCCACUCGCCAUGAUCAUCACUACGGCCCAGAUCCUGCAGAUGGUAAUGGGCCUGGCUGUGCUAUGCUUAGUGUACAUGUGGAUGCAUGAAGUMCACUGUCCCUCCAACAUGGAGAACAUCAUGUGGGGCACAGUCAUGUAUCUCAGCUAUCUGGUGCUGUUUGCUUCCUUCUUUUACAACAACUACCUUAAGGAUCCAUCCAGAGGCAAAGGAUCCAAGGCAGAGUAACGUCUUAGAAGUUAGUUUACUGACUGUUUACUGUUUUUCUCACUUUCAUCAGCCUCUGCCUCUUAAAGUAGCGCUACAUCAGUGACAGUAGACAGUUAGGAGCAGGAGAAACGCACAGGUCAUUCGGAUAUAAACUCACAAGUGUUUGGAAGUAAAGUAUGAGGAAUGAUCAAGGAAGAAGAUAAACAAGCAUUGURAUAGGGCUCGAUUCAAAACUUUGCCUUGGUGACUCUCCACCAACAUCUGCUGUGAACAUGUAAUGGCCAAAUAUUUGUGAAAUGUGUUCAGCAAAUGUUUGUGGUCAUAUGCUGUAAUAAAAAUGGCCUUAAUGUAACUAAAAAAACAAAACAAAACUGUGAGAUAGGGAACAAACGCACUUACUAAUUUUAUGUUCUGUAAGGAAAUGUUCUAACUAUUUUAUUUAUUCAAGCUUGUUAGUUGAGAGCCRCAGAGUAGCCUAAAAGGCUUGGAUCUGCAMCUUUAGUACAMAUUUAUUUAUUAUUGUUUCUAAUUAGUUUAAUCCWUGAAUGAUCAGAUACUUUAUCCAUUCCAUCCAGUUCCAACUAUUUCGCCACCGUCCAAAUUUUUGCUUGUUUAUGUUUGAAGCACAGUUCCUCAGAUAUGCUUUAAUAAGAAGAUUCUGAUAAACACAAGUUAUGAGUGUUUCUUGUUUACAUUUCUGUAUUCAUGACCCAAAGAAUUAAUGGUUUCCCGCUUUAGUGAAGUAAAAUAUUUACACCAGCA